UCAAAGUAGAAAGUAUAAAAACAAAAAGGAAAGCAAAAGGAAACAAGGGACCAGAUUCGGGGUGCAUUCUCACAACACGCCUCCCGCUGAGUUUCUUUUCCUUGCAGUUCUACGUGCUGGGGGUUAUUCUGGCCCCAAUCCGGGUUGCACUGGCCUUUGUGGUCCUCUUCCUUAUCUGGCCCUUUGCCCUGCUGCAAGUGGUGGGACUGCCUGAGGAAACCUUGCAAGAGCCCUGCUCAGGAUGGAGAAACACAGUUUCCCAUGGUUCGGUCUACUGGCUGAGUCGCCUGAUGUUUUUCUUGCUUGGGUUCAUGCGGAUUCGGGUGCGAGGCCAGAGGGCAUCCCGGCUCCAAGCACCCAUCCUGGUGGCUGCGCCUCACUCUACCUUCUUCGACCCAAUUAUUUUGCUGCCCUGUGAUCUUCCCAAGGUGGUGUCACGCACAGAGAAUCUCCAUGUGCCAGUCAUUGGAG